AUGGAAAAUUCCGGCGAGCAAUUCGAUGUAAUUAUCAUUGGAGCAGGCAUCAUGGGCAGCUCCACAGCUUACGAAACCUCCAAAAGGGGUCACAAGACCCUCCUUCUUGAGCAAUUCGAUUUCUUGCACCACCGUGGCUCCUCCCACGGUGAGUCACGAACUCUACGCGCUACCUACUCCGAAGACUAUUACUCAUGCAUGGUCAUUGAAUCAUCACAUCUUUGGGAAGAAGCCGAAUCCGAAAUUGGCAACAAAGUCUACUUCAAGACCCCCCAAUUCACCAUGGGUCUUUCCGACGACAAGAGCCUACGAGCGGUCAUCGCCAGCUGCCGUAAAAACUCGAUACCCCACCGGGUACUCGACCACCGCCAAGUUCAUGAAGAAUUCUCCGGUAGGAUACAACUGGCGGAGAAUUGGGUCGGUGUGUUAAGCGACCUUGGUGGUGUAAUUAAGCCCACAAAAGCAGUGUCCAUGUUUCAAACACUAGCACUGAAAAAUGGUGCUGUACUUAGAGACAACAGUGAAGUGUUUGACAUUAAAAAAGAUGACGUGAGAGGUGGUGUUUUCGUGUGUACUAGGAAUGGUGAAAGUUUUUGGGGAAGAAAAUGUGUUGUGACAGUUGGGGCUUGGAUGAAAAAGUUAGUUAAAACAGUUACAGGCCUAGUACUACCCAUACAACCAUUGGAAAUCUGUGUUUGUUACUGGAAAAUCAAGCAAGGGCACGAGGAGGAAUUCACAAUCCAAGGAGGUUUUCCGACGUUUGCAAGCUACGGUGAGCCUUACAUAUACGGAACGCCAUCAAUGGAGUUCCCGGGAUUGAUCAAGAUUCUAGUGCACGGUGGCCAACAGUGUGAGCCGGACAAGAGGACAUGGUCACCGGCGCCAAUGAUAUUGGAUUCACUGAGACAAUGGAUUCAGGAAAGAUUCGGGGACCGAGUUGACUCGACCGGACCAGUGAUGACUCAAUCUUGCUUGUAUUCGAUGACACCAGAUGAAGAUUUUGUGAUUGAUUUUUGGGUGGUGAGAGGGUUUUCAGGACAUGGAUUCAAGAUGGCACCAGUAGUGGGAAGAGUAUUGGCAGAUCUUGUGGAUAAUGGGGAAGCAAAAGGUUUGAAGCUGAAACAAUUUAGGUUAGGGAGGUUUGAGGAAAAAGGUGACGGGAAUGUGAAAGAAUUUGAAGAUCAG